CAGCAAACGAAAAAAGUGUCGUUUGAGUCGUCUCUUCGGUCACUGGCAACGCCCCUGACCCCAUUCACGCCAUUCACGCCGCUCACACCGCUAACUCCACGAACUCCAAUGACCAAAUCGGUACCAGCUUUGGAAAAAUCCAAUGGAAGCGCCAAUACCAAAGCUCACAGUGGAGCCAGGCAAUCUUCGGACGUACGAGUCAAUGAACCGGGGAAAUGGCACCGCUCUGUCGAUUCUCUCCAUUCAAAUGCGAGCUGUCUGUCCGAGAGCAACGUGCAGCUUGACAGGAAAUCGCCAGUAGACCACAGAAGUGAUAUCUUGGCAUCUGGAGUCGAGGGGCUGGCAAUUGAAUUGCGCCGGCUUCAGAAAGAGGCGGCCGCACAACGAGCGGCCAGUCUUGCAGUUGAUCGUGAAGCGAUUUUGUCAAGGGAAAUGAGGAUCAUAGAACUGAAGAAGAUGCUCAAUGAAGAGCGGACAUCACCGGGUCAAGACGCUCUCGAUCGUCUUGAGCUCAAGCGUCGUGCUGAAAAUCGCCCGUAUGUUCUCGACGACAUGACGAUCACGCAGCUUUGCCAAGAAAAAGUCGACAUCAAGCGAGAGAUAUACGAGCUUAGAAAGUCUACCGAAACCGAUCAACAGAGCGGUUUCGAAGACCAUGACAUCUUGCGCGAGCUCUAUCGAAGGUACUGUGAGAUUCGUGCUCUGAUUGAGAAAACCGACGGUCAAGUUGCAUCAGCAAAGGAAUCAGCGUCUCUCGCUUCCAUCAACUCACCGGCAACUGGCUCCAUGGAAGCGUUGAAAAAACUGCGCUAUGAAAAGAAGGUCCUGCAGAUCAAGUUGCACGCCUAUCAGGAUGAAUUCAUGCAGCGGAUGGGACGACCCGUGCAAACAUCCAGAGAUAGAGCUCCCAUCCAAGUUGAUUAUUUGCGGUACAAGGAAUUGAAAAUGAUCCUGAAGGAAUACGAGCAACCGUGCCAAGAAUCAUAGCUACUAUACCAGAUUUCUUGAAAGACGUGUGAUUGCAAGCCUAAGCCUUAUCGAAGGUGUGUUCGCACAACACGGCACCAUCACUCGCCAAGGGAAAGUCUAUGCAGCGAUAAGGUUGCCAACCCAACUUCCCUGCUGGUCGCGCAGCCGAGGCC